AUGGAAGAUGAAAUUAGCCAUGGAAAUUUUCUUAGAGAAGCUAGUCCAGAAAGCCCUUGUUUAAAAACCACCAACAAUCACUCUACAAACAACAAGGAACAAGAUCGGUUUCUCCCCAUAGCAAAUGUUGGAAGGAUCAUGAAGAAAGUGAUUCCCGCCAAUGGAAAAAUAUCCAAAGACGCCAAAGAAACAGUUCAAGAAUGUGUCUCCGAGUUCAUUAGCUUCGUUACCGGAGAAGCAUCCGAUAAAUGUCAAAGAGAAAAACGAAAGACUAUCAAUGGUGACGAUGUCAUAUGGGCAAUCACAACUCUUGGUUUCGAAGAUUAUGUAGCUCCAUUGAAAUUGUAUUUAAGCAAGUACCGAGAUAUCGAAGGAGAGAAGCUUAAUAUUCCUAAACAACAAAGAUCGGAUCAAAGACAACAACAACAACAGCAACAAACGCAACACGAGCAAGAACACAAUUUGCCUUAUAAUAGCUUAUAUUCUUCAACAACUUUGAUGUCUCAACCAAGUUUUGUGACUGCAGAUCAGCCAUUUUCAUUGCCUUUCUCUCCUACUUCAAUUCAAAAACAGUUGCAGCAACAAGAUCAAAUUGAUUCUGUGGGGCACUGGUAA